AUGGAAUUCACUACUGCUAUGUUUGGAACUUCUCUCAUCUUCACUACCUCCACCCAAUCCAAGCACAACUUGGUCAACAACUGCUGCUGCUCGUCUUCAACUUCAGAGAGCAGUAUGCCCGCCUCCUGUGCUUGCACCAAGUGCGGUUGCAAAACCUGCAAAUGUUAG